GGUGGCGAAGGGGUGAUAAUUUGGGGCUUUCCUCCAACCUCAGGCAGCUCUCUAGGGUUUCUCUCUGGGGCGGCUCUCUGCUGCCACUGUCUUGGAGCAGCUAUCUUGUGGGUGGGACUUUUUUUUUUUUUCCGCCAGUCGCUUUCGCCUUAGAUGUAGCUACUGUUGAACCGUGAUACACGCUAGCUGAUAUUGAUGUUGUGUACUUUCAGUGUGGCCAGACAUUACUAACUUUAUGACUCCAGGAGAAAAUGGAUUUUAAUGUGAAAAGAUUCGCGGCGGACGCCGGAACCUUCCUUAGUCGAGCGGUGCAGUUUACAGAAGAGAAACUGGGCCAAGCUGAGAAAACCGAGUUGGAUGCACACUUGGAAAAACUUCUGACUAGAGCAGAAUGUACAAAACACUGGACAGAGAAGAUUCUGAAGCAAACAGAAGCAUUACUACAGCCCAACCCCAAUGUGCGGAUAGAGGAAUUCUUGUAUGAGAAAUUGGAUAAAAAAGCCCCCACACGGAUGAAUAACCAUGAGCUUUUGGGGGAAGCCAUGAUAGACUUUGGGAACGAGUUUGGGCCUGGCACAGCCUACGGAAAUGCGCUGGUAAAGUGUGGGGAGACUGAGAAGCAGAUUGGAGGAGCUGAGAGGGAAUUUAUCCAGAGCUCAGCCAUUAAUUUUCUUACACCUUUCCGGAACUUUCUGGAGGGUGACUUCAAAACGAUACUGAAAGAACGGAAGCUACUGCAGGUCAAACGUCUGGACCUCGACGCAGCCAAGACCAAGCUGAAGAAGGCCAGGGUGAUGGAGGCCCGAGCUGCUGCAGAGCAGGAUGUAAAGAUGACCCAGAGCGAGUUUGACAGGCAGGCCGAAAUCACCAGACUGCUCCUGGAGGGAGUCAGCAGCACACAUGCCCAUCACCUUCGCUGCUUGAACGACUUUGUCGAGGCUCAGACCACCUAUUACGCGCAGUGUUAUCAGUACAUGGUCGACCUCCAAAAACAGCUCGGAAGCUUCCCUUCCACGUUUUCCUCCAGUAGUAACCAGACGGGAGGCGGUGCCAAUGUCUCUGUGCCCACCCUGCCGGUGUCCACGUCGCCCGCCGCCGCUCCAAGAAAAUGCUCCUUGGGGUUCGGCGAGCUACUCACCGCGGGGGGCAGUCGCCGGGCGCGUGUGCUCUACGACUACGACGCUGCCGGGAGUAGCGAGCUCUCCUUACUGGCUGAUGAGGUGAUUAUGGUGAGUAGCGUGCCAGGCAUGGACUCGGACUGGCUUAUGGGAGAGCGUGGGAACCAGAGGGGCAAAGUGCCAAUAACCUACCUAGAGCUGCUGAACUGAAGAGGGGAGAUGGGGAUUCAAGAGUUGAAUGCCAAGAGUAAACACAAACAAACAACAACAAAAAAAAAACCGCUGCAUAUAAUUCACGUGUGAUUUAACACAUUUAAUGCAUAUGUGCAACUAUGCUUCUGUGAGCUCCGUCCAUGCAGACAGUGUCUAUGGAUGUUUAGGCCACCAAGGGAAGUCUCAUUAGAGGCCUUUCUGUUUACAAGCUGAUCAGUUGAUGUUUGCAGCACUCCGUUUGGUAACGCGGGACAAACUGUGACCUUGAAAAUGUGGCCUUCAUUUUGAAAUGUGUGCAAAAGGAAUCACUUGACUUAUGACUGAACCUUUUAGGUUGGAAAGACAUCCAGUUCCUGCCCACAGUGGAACCUGCCAAGCUUGAGUGCCUGUAAUCACAGCCACAGUGCCUCGGUACACACUGCUAGCAGAACGCUUAGCUGUUUGCUCCAGUUCUAUGGCUUAUGUACAAUUAACCCCUUUGCCCCCAAAUACCUCCAUUUCCCACCUCCUUUUAGUCGAAAUGUCAGUUGAAACAGUUUUUUAAAACAAUUUUUAAAUACCUUUUUACUUUUACUUCGUAGGCAAAACAUUGUGGAAAGUGGACCAGCAGUAUUCAGUGUAACAUUUGUAAAGUGUUUUACAGUUUAGUUUAUUGUAAGGUACAGUUAAGUUGAUUGAAUACUGUAAGUUCUGAUCUUGUGUGCCUUAAUGUCAUUGUGCCUUCUUCUAAAGUUGACAGUAGUUCUUUUCAGGUAUCUGAAACAGAAAUGGUGGUCUAAUGAAUGUUAGGCAGCAUUAGGGCUAUACAGUGUGACAGACUGCACCAAAUGUUCAUUUACAGCUGUGUUUGUGGUUAAAUUCAACUCUUCACAUGACUCUUCCUGUUUACGGGUUAAGUAUAAGUAUUAUUUGGGGUUAAUAUUCAAUUUGAAAAUGCAUUGUUUUUGGGUUUUUGUUUUGGACAAAACAUUUUUAUUACUAGUCUGUCUUAAGAUGAAAGCUGGCGUCCGUUUUAAAGGAUGACUUUUAUUUGAAA